AUGGCCAUAAAUUUAGAUAAACACAAGGAGGCGUUAAUCGCAGGGUGGAAGGACGUAUUAGACGAGAAAACUGAUACAAACUGGGUCCUAUUUGGCUAUGAUGGACAGUCAAAUGACUUGAAAUUUAUUGAGAAAGGAGAUGGAGGUUUGGAUGAGCUUAUUGAUGAGUUCAACAGUGGCAAAAUACAGUAUGCAUUUCUGAAGGUAGACCAACCGAAUGGGAGCUUAUCGAAAUAUGUGCUUAUCAACUGGCAAGGGGAAGGAGCGCCGACGGUCCGCAAAGGUACAUGUGCGAAUCACAUAAAACAUGUAGCCAAUUUCUUCACUGGUUUCCAUUUGACGAUGCACGCCAGAACAGAGGACGACCUUGAUGAGAAGGUCAUUCAGGAUAAGCUUGCUAAGGCCGGAUCAGCGUUCAAUUUCAAGACCAGUCGGCCUGAGGAGUUGCCUCCAAGUGGACCCGUCGGCACUGUCUACCAUAAAGUUAACCCAGUUCAAGAAAUAAAUUCUAAAGAGAGGGACCAGUUUUGGCUGAAGGAGGAACAAGAGGAGAAGAAGCGAGUGGAAGCCGAGAGAAAACGGAGAGAGGAGGAGAAGAGGAAAGCAGAGGAAUUAGCGAGGAGAAGAGAUGAACUCGAAGCGGAGAGGAGAGCUAAAGCUGAACAAGACAAGUCACUAAGUCCCGAUGCAGUACCAGGCGGUACUACAAGCGAAGCGCUCCGGCGGCAGCGCUCGGCCGAGGCGCGACAACUCAUCGGCGCCUCCACCGCCGCCGCCAGGGCUCUGUUCCAACAGAACCUCGCGCAGGGACAGAUGCCCGCCAGAACAAACAACAACACACCAGAGAAGCCAGUCCGCAGUUCGGUGAUAGCGCAACGCAUAAACACAUUCACACAAGCGCAAUCCCCACAAUCAUCCCCAAUCAAAUCGCCAACCAAACUCGAGCCCAAACCAAUACCACAGACAGAGGAACAACCAAAGACAAGCCCGCUUAAAAACAUAGACAAGAUCAAAAUGAGUUUGGAGAGUCCGUCACAGAUACAAUAUGAACCGAUCAUAGAUCCAGCGGACUUGAGUCCAUCGACGGAAAACGAUCCAGGAUCAUUUAGUGCCAUUAAUUAUGCUGAGACGAAACAGGAGAAUUCUUAUAGAGAUAUUGAACCCUUGAAACAGAGUGAGCCGAUGAUUAAGCAGAAUAUUUUGGAGAAUGACAUGUUUGACGCGUCAUACUCUAGCUCCAACGAGAAUGACGAUGAAGAUAGUGACAAUAAAUUCAGUACUAUUAAACGGUCGCCGUACAGUAAGAAUAAUAUUACAGAUGACAACGAUCGUACCGAGUUGAGCCGUCAGAAUACUGUUAUAGAGAAUGUUAAUUUCAAAAAGGAUACUAAUGGGACUACGCUUGAUGACGUAUCACCGGAGGGCAUGGAGGACGAGGGCGCGAUAUACGAGGACUUGGAUGAUGACCCCGGCCUCACUGCGCGCGCGUUGUAUGACUACCAAGCCGCGGACGAAUCAGAGAUCACAUUUGAUCCCGGCGACAUUAUCACCCACAUAGAACAGAUUGACGCCGGCUGGUGGCAAGGACUUGGACCUCAUGGGGUCUUUGGUCUAUUCCCUGCUAACUAUGUUGAGCUACUGCCCUGCCAACCCCGUUAA